ACUCUUAUUUUCGCGGGCUUGACUCGGCGGCGGGCUGCGGUUGGUUGUUGUUCUGAUCAAGAUGGCUGCUGUUGUUCUGGAUGGAGAAUAGGACCGAGCUUUCAUCCGAACAGAGGCCGAGGAAACGCACCGGAACACGCAUAGCAACCGGUACCGAAACACGACUGGACCCGAAGCCGGACCCCUGGAGCCGAUCCCGAUUCUGUCAUUAAGGGUGCAGCAGUGACACACACAGACAUGGAUACCACUACCUCCAUCAAGAUGACCACUCUGGCCAUCCAGAACCUGUUCAGCUACGUGGAGGAGGAGAACCUGAGCGCUCUCAAGGCUCACCUGGACCGCUUCAAGGAGGUGGACGGACGCAGCGACAACGGCCAGACGCCUCUGAUGGUGGCGGCGGAGCAGGGCAGCCUGGAGAUCGUCCAGGAGCUCCUCAGGAGAGGAGCCAACGUCAACCUGGACGACGUGGACUGCUGGUCGGCUCUAAUCUCUGCAGCUAAAGAAGGUCACGUGGAGGUGGUGAAGGAGCUGCUGGAGAACAGCGCCUACAUUGAGCACAGAGACAUGGGCGGCUGGACGGCUCUCACCUGGGCGGCUUACAAAGGUCGCGUGGAGGUCAGCGAGCUGCUGCUGGAGAACGGAGCCAACCCCAACACUACGGGACAGCAGUACAGCGUGUAUCCCAUCAUCUGGGCGGCGGGUCGAGGACACGCUGACAUUGUCAAAGUUCUUCUGCGUGAAGGAGCCAAAGUCAACUGUUCAGACAAGUAUGGAACCACUCCUCUGAUCUGGGCCUCAAGGAAAGGACACUUUGACUGUGUGAUGCACCUCUUGGAGAACGGAGCGGACGUGGACCAAGAGGGGGCAAACUCGAUGACGGCCCUCAUCGUGGCGGUGCGGGGGGGGUACACUGAGGUGGUGAAGGAGCUGCUGAAGAGAAACCCUAACGUCAACAUGACGGACAAAGACGGGAACACGGCGCUGAUGAUCGCCGCCAAGGAGGGCUACACCGAGAUCGUCCAGGACCUGCUGGACGCCGGCACCUACGUCAACAUCCCCGACCGGAGUGGGGACACGGUGCUGAUUGGAGCAGUGAGGGGGGGCCACGUGGAGAUUGUCAGAGCUCUGCUGCACAAAUACGCCGACAUCGACAUCAGAGGACAGGAGAACAAAACUGCUCUUUACUGGGCUGUAGAGAAGGGAAACGCCACCAUGGUGAGGGACAUCCUGCAGUGUAACCCCGACACAGAGACCUGCACCAAGGAUGGAGAGACUCCUCUGAUCAAAGCCACUAAGAUGAGGAGCAUCGAGGUCGUGGAGCUGCUCCUCGACAAAGGAGCCAAGGUGUCGGCCGUCGACAAGAGGGGAGACACGCCCCUCCACAUCGCCAUCCGUGGGCGGAGUCGCCGUCUGGCUGAGCUCCUCCUCCGCAACCCCAAAGAUGGCCGCCUGCUGUACCGACCCAACAAGGGCGGAGAGACGCCGUACAACAUCGACUGCAGCCACCAGAAGAGCAUCCUCACGCAGAUCUUUGGAGCCCGUCACCUGUCCCCCACGGAGACGGAUGGGGACAUGUUGGGCUACGACCUGUACAGUUCUGCACUGGCCGACAUCCUGAGCGAGCCCACCAUGCAGCCCCCCAUCUGCGUGGGUCUGUACGCCCAGUGGGGGAGCGGCAAGUCCUUCCUGCUGAAGAAGCUGGAGGAUGAGAUGAAGACCUUCGCAGGGCAGCAGGUGGAGCCCUCCUUCCGGUUCUCCUGGCUGGUGGUGCUGCUGUCUCUGCUCCUCUGUGGCUGCGUUGCCGUGGUGAUCGGCUUCGCUGUGGACCCCAAGCUGUCCGUGGCCGUGAGCCUCAGCCUGCUGGCGCUGAUCUACGCCUUCUUUGUGGUGGUGUACUUUGGCGGGCGGCGCGAGGGGGACGGAUGGAGCUGGGCGUGGCUUCUCAGCAGCCGCCUGGCCCGUCAAAUCGGCUACCUGGAGCUGCUCCUCCAGCUGAUGUUCGUCAAUCCACCAGAGCUCCCCGAGCAGAGCACCAGGGCUCUGCCCGUCAGGUUCCUGUUCACUGACUACAACCGGCUGUCCAGCGUCGGAGGAGAGACCUCGAUGGCCGAGAUGAUCGCCACGCUGUCCGAUGCCUGCGAGAGAGAGUUCGGCUUCAUGGCGACCCGUCUCUUCAGGGUGUUCAAGACGGAGGAGACGCAGGGAAACAGGAAGUGGAAGAGGACGUGCUGCGUCCCCUCCUUCCUGGUCUUCUCCCUGGUCCUGUGCUGCCUGCUGAGCGGCCUGGCGCUGCUGGCCCUGUUCAAGGUGGACGGGCAGAGCGGCGUGCUGAACGGCGUGCUGGUGGCGGUGGGCGGCGUGGUGGGCCUGGCGCUGCUGCUCAACUGCCGCACCUGGUGGAGGGUCGGCGACUCGGUGCUCAACUCGCAGAGGAAGCGGCUCCACGGCGCCGCCAACAGGAUGCACAAGCUGAAGAGCGAGGGCUUCAUGAAGGUGCUGAAGACCGAGGUGGAGCUGAUGGCGAGGAUGGCGAAGACCAUCGACAGCUUCACGCAGCAUCAGACGCGCCUCGCCGUCGUCAUCGAUGGGCUGGACUCCUGCGAGCAGGACAAAGUCCUCCAGAUGCUGGACACGGUGCGGGUGCUGUUCUCCAAAGGCCCGUUCAUCUCCAUCUUUGCCAGUGACCCUCACAUCAUCAUCAAGGCCAUCAACCAGAACCUCAACUCGGUGCUGAGGGACUCCAACAUCAACGGCCACGACUACAUGAGGAACAUCGUGCACCUGCCCGUCUUCCUCAACAGCCGAGGCCUGUCCAGCGCCCGCAAGAUGUGCGCCGCCGCCGCGCCCGCCAACGGGGAGGCGGGCGCCGCAGACGGGUGGCAUGAGGAGUUGGACAGAAAACUGUCUCAGCACAGUUUGGGAGAAUUAACAAAGACAGGAAGCAAAACCACACUGAACCGCCGGGACACCUACCGGCGGCGGCAGGUCCAGCGCUCAGUGACCCGUCAGAUGUCCUUUGACCUGACGAAGCUGAUGGUGACGGAGGACUGGUUCAGUGACAUCAGCCCUCAGACCAUGAGGAGGCUGCUGAACAUCGUGUCCGUGACGGGCCGCCUGCUGAGAGCCAAUCAGAUCGCCUUCAGCUGGGACCGCCUGGCCUCCUGGAUCAACCUGACGGAGCAGUGGCCCUACAGGACCUCCUGGCUCAUCCUGUACCUGGAGGAGACCGACGGCGUCCCCGACCUGGCCACGCUCAAGACCGUCUACGAGAGAGUGUCUAAGAACAUCCCCACCACCAAGGACGUGGAGCCUCUGCUGGAGAUCGACGGAGACACUCGCGGCUUUGAGGUCUUCUUGUCCUCACGGACCCCCGUCCUGACCUCCAGGGACAUCCGCACCUUCCUGCCCUGCACCGUGAACCUGGACCCCAAGCUGAGGGAGAUCAUAGCAGAUGUUCGAGCUGCCCGUGAACAGGUCAGUAUGGGCGGGGUUCCGUACCCCCCCGUGCCCCUGCAGGAGGCCCCUCCCCACCCCCGGCCCUGCUCCAUGUACAGCCAGGUGUCGUCGGCGUGCUCCCCCUCUGCCUCCUUCAUUGGACCCUUCCACCCUGCAGGGGGCGUGGCCUCCCCGGCGCCUCACAGCAGCUACUACAGCGGCUUGGCCGGACCGCAGCACCCCUUCUACAACAGGCCAUAUUUCCCCCAUCACCUUUACGAGCUGCCUCGCCCUCUCAUGGCCUCCACCUACCCAUCACACCUCCACCCACGUCCUCCACCCACACACUCCUACAGCCGGGACGUCACCGCUGGCCCGUCCUCGGUGGCGUCCGCGGCGCCGGUCGUGCUCCUCAGCUCCAUGACCACGGAGGCCGUGUGUGAGCGCGUGCGGCAGAUCGACGGCAUCGACCAGAGCAUGAUGGGACACUACAGCGCCACCAUCCGGAAGGCCAACGUCAACGGACGAGUGUUGACGCAGUGCAACAUCGAUGAGCUGAAGAAGGAGAUGAGCAUGAACUUUGGAGACUGGCAGCUCUUCAGAGCCACGGUUCUUGACAUGCGCCACAUGGAGCGCCAGGUGCUGCACGAGGAUGCAGCCAGUGAGCAAGGCAGCGUGGUGGGCGGUCCUGCGGAGGCGGGGCGGCGAGCGGCGGCUCCGCCCCUCGCCGGCACGGACGCGUCCCCCAUGUACAGCUUCAACCUGAGCUUUGAGGAGCUGAGCACGGUGGGACUGGACGAGGCGCCGCGGCCGGGCAGCACGCAGUGGAUGGGCGGCGCUCACCGCACCGCCAGCAUGAGCAGCCUGAACUCGCAGGAGUCCUCCAACGACAUCUCCCGCCUGACGGACCGCCAGCAGGACGAGUACCGCAGCGCCUACCAGGAGUACAUCGCCCAGAUGGCCCAGGUGGAGAUGGGCGGCGCCGGCGGAGAGAGGCCCGUCCAACCGCAGCCGGGUCAGUUCAUGACCUCGUCGGCCGAGGGCGGCGAGCCGGAUGGACGCAAGUCCUUCAGCAAGAGGAGCGCCGGCAAGGCGCCCGCGGACGCCGCCGAGUUCCAGGGGUGCGACGCCCUGGACCCCAUCACCGAGGAGGACGAGAAGGGCGACCACGGGCCCUCCAGGAACCCGCUGACCCGCAAGGCCUCGGCCGAGAGGGGGGGCCUGUUCCAGGGCUCCGCUGACCUGAAGCUGAAGGUCGGCGCGCUGCGCUACCAGAAGCUCACCAGCGACGACGAGGAGUCGGAGGAGUCCGACAACGCCCCGCUGCUGAAAGACGGGAAGAAGGCGGGGCCCAAGCCCCCCCCCGGCGGCGGCUCGCUGGCGCUGAAGGGGAAGGACUACCUGUCGGACGCCACGCUGGACAAGAAGGACUCGUCGGACUCCGGCGUGCGGUCCAACGAGAGCUCGCCCAACCACUCGCUGCAGGACGAGGAGGCGGAGCUGUCGCAGCUGGAGAGGGCCAACCUCAUCGAGCUGGACGAGGAGGGCGUGGCCAGGAAGCGGGGACUUCCCAGCAGCCUCAGUGGCCUGCAGGAUCCGGCGGUGGCCCGCAUGUCCAUCUGCUCCGAGGACCAGUGCAGCCUGCUGGCCAGCAGCCCCGAGGAGACCUGGACCUCCUCCAGGUCCUUCAACCUAAACCGCACGCCCAGCACAGUGACCCUCAACAACAACACCAACGCCCAGCAAGGGAACCGGCCCCGCCCCCCCGCAGAGGCCUUCACCUCCUCCAACACCGCCUCCUCCACCAGCGACGUCAUCCUCUCCCCGAGCUCCUCCUGCUCCUCCUCCACCCGGCCGGGUCCCAACAACGAGAACGUACGCGUGGUCCACCUGAAGAGGGGUCUGAAGCCAGGAGACCCCCCGGAGGUCUGCACCGUGUCCUCCGACACCGUCACCUUCGGAGAGGAGCGGGAGAGCAUCCUGUGACCUCACCGUGACCUCAUCGUGACCUCAUCGUGAACAGAGAGCACUGAGGGUCCACCAGGAGGCGCCUCCCACCCUCUGAACCAAUCAGAAGGCUCAAAGUUAUACCACGAGUCAUCUGGGCCAGCGUCAUUUAAAACGAGGACGAGUACUAGUAAGCUUGAGUUCUAGUACUUGUAAAACAAGUAUUUGUACCUGUAAGCUGAGGAUUGGUACCCUUAAGGAGCAGGAGGAGCAGGAGGAGCAGGAGGAGCGUCUGCUGGUGGAUCGGUAGAUUAGUGUUAGUAGAACAGGAAGUUUACUAGAAGCUCCGCGCGUGGUUGUGGUCGUUGUUGUUGUUGUGAUUGUUGUUGUUGUUGUGAUUUUUGUAGUUGUGGUCGUUGUUGUUGUGGUCGUUGUUGUUGUUGUGAUUGUUGUUGUUGUAGUCGUUGUUGUUGUUCUGGUCGUUGUUGUUGUUGUUGUUGUUGUCCAUCCAGAUGACGUCUGGUGCAGAAGCUAAAGUUAAUCUAAAGCUAAUCUAGUAUUUUAGCUAAAUAGGAAUUAUAUUUGUGUUGUUAUUGACUUUGGAUCAAAAGGAAGACCAUUAAUAGAUUUUAUGGAAUCAAAUAUUUGUUGAUUAUUGUGAUCAGAAUGUUUAGAGAACAGAUCAAAGGAUCAAAGGAUCGAUUAAAUUCAGAGUGAACGAGUGAAAUGAUCUUGAACAUAAAGCUGUCGUUAAAUAAAUGACCUGAGAUCUGUUUGUCUGCUCAGUGCUCUUCAUCAUCUUCAUCAUCUUCAUCCUCAUUGUUAAUCUGUUCAUCUUCAACUAAUAAAAUCUGGAUAUUGAUCAUUGA